CAUACAGGUCACAGUCGACAUCAGUCAUUCCUGUUCUGCUCAAAAGGAAGUCGUUGACACGUACACGCAACUCAAUAUGGAUCCUUUCUCCGGCGAGGGCGAACUCCUCAACAUAACAACAGCCUUCUACACCAACGCAUACCAAACAGUCCUGGACUUUGACACAUCGGCUCUCUUCUCUUCGAACCAGGCGACCGCUCAAACCCUCAAAUACCGGGCGCAGAUCGCGCUGGGUGACUCUUCCUCCGUCAUAUCAGAGUUGAAACCCAAAGCCACCUCCGGCUCUCCUUCAUCCCGCGCCCUGUUGGCUCUCGCCCAGAACGACGUCGAAGUCGCCACGGAAUUGGCAACCGACCCUUCCACCGCCGAAGACCCGACGGUCCAAGUCUGCGCGGGGACCGUCCUCGCGUCGGCCGCCGAAUACACGACCGCGAUCGAUCUCCUGUCGAAACACCAAGGGAGUCUCGAAGCCGUCGCUUUGCUCGUGCAGAUUCACCUCGCCCAGAACCGGACCGAUCUGGCCCUGAAGGAAGUGCAGGCCGCCAAGCGUUGGGCCAACGACAGCCUCCUCAUCAACCUCGCCGAGUCUUGGACGAACCUGCGCGAGGGGGGCAGCGAGAAAUACCAGUCCGCAUUCUACGUGUACGAAGAACUCGCGAGCGCACCGGGCAACACCUCUCCGACCGCACUGGUAGGGCAGGCGGUCGCGGAGUUGCACCUAGGACGACUAGAGGAGGCCGAGGUCGCGUUACAACAGGCAGUGAACAGCGAAGGGGCAGACGUACAAGCCAUCGCGAAUAGCAUCGUGCUCGCGAGCGUCAUGGGCAGGAAGGACGAGGUGGUCAAGGGACUGAUCGAGCAGUUACGGGAGCGGGACCAAGGGCAUGCAUUGUUGAGGGAUCUAGAGGAGAAGAGUGCACUUUUCGACGCCGCCGCUGGCAAGUACAGCGCAAAGGUCACUGCUUGAGUCUGUGUCAAUGGCGUUAGACAUCUAGUCCAUUGAUGUUGGGCUGACUUUUUAAAUCUUUUUGAGGGAAUGUGUGAUGACGGCGUCAUGAAAUGUUGUUAAGACGUGAAUGGCUACAGUGGCUACAGGUAUGGGAUCAGGAAACGAGCUCUUGAGAAUGUCUUGCGUCAGGAAAGGCAACAACCGGCAGUCUAGCAUAGAAUGGUCCAAAUUCAGGCAAAGGGCAAGACACGGAGCGAGAAGUCAGAAGUAGCCCGAGCAAUUCAAC